AUGUCAACAUUAACAUUAACAUUAAUAUAUCGAUACGGUGGUUUAACAUUAUUAACUUUGGGUAGUGUUAGUUCCAUAUUGAAUUUAUUAGUAUUUACAAGUAAUACUCUACGAAAAAAUCCAUGUGCAAUUUGUUUCAUAGCUAUGAGUAUUAUUGAUUUACUCUAUUUGUAUUUAAGUUUAUUAUUAACAAUAAUUCAAAAUGGUUUCAACAUUAAUAUUGGAUCAACUAAUCUCGUUUUCUGUCGUUCUUUUUACUAUUUAGGUUUAAUUCUUAGUAUUUUAGGACCAACCUAUCUUAUUGUAGCAUCAAUUGAUCGAACAUUGGUUACUUCAAGAAAUGCAGUAACACGACGAAAAAGUACACGUCGUUUAGCUAUUAUGUGUCUGAUUAGUUUAGCUUUGUUUUGGACAUUAUUUCAAAUUCAUGCAUUAAUUUAUAUAAAAAUUAUUGAAAUUGCACCAGAAUAUUUUAUUUGUUAUUUUCAACCGGGUGCAUAUACAGUAUUUAUAACUUAUUAUUCUCUUUUUGGUGUUGGAAUUCUUCCUCCACUAUUAAUGACAAUAUUUGGAUUUUUAACAGUGAAAAAUAUUCGUCAAGUCCAUCGUCCAAUAAAUCAUUCUCAUUCGUCAACACUUAAUACAAUGACAGUGGGUAGAUCAUUUACAGUUCAUUCAAAAGAUCGUCAACUUAUUCGAAUGUUAAUUGUAGAAAUUAUUAUUUAUCUUAUCGCAAGAUUUCCAUCUACAAUAGUUCUCAUCUAUGAUCAAAUCACUGUAAAUCAAAUAAAGAGUGCUGACCGAAUAUCUACUGAACAAUUUAUUGCCAAUCUAACAUAUUUUAUAGGAUUUAUUGAUUCAAGUGUUGCUUGUUAUACAAAUAUGAUCGUAUCAAAGAAUUUUCGUGCAGAACUAAAACGUAUUUUCAAAUGUCGUUAA